UGGCGGGCGGUGAGCGAGGACGCAAGGAUUGGAAAAGAAACGGCAUCUGCCCGGGGAGUCCGGAACCGGCAGGCCGGAGACGAUUUCCCCCAACGCCGCCACCGAGACAGCGGCUGCACGAGGCUGCCGACCACCCGGGAGCGCCAGGGUCUCUGGCCGCCGGGGCCAGCAAGCCAGGGCUCGGCAAGCCUUCCCAGCCAGCGCCUGGCCGGGAGGGAGGAGCUGCGGAAGGCGGGGACUGGUGCCGGAGGAGGGGCGGAAUGGGAACGCUCCUGAGAACACCGUGGCUGCACAGACAAAAAACACCGAAUGGCUGGUGAGCGUUCAGCUGUUACCAGCCUUUUUGGGCAGAGUACGGGUUUGACAGCUCCACAACGUGAGGAUAUCCGCUGACGCCGAGAGACGGAGGAGAACACUUUCCCGACACUGCCUGUCCAGCAAAGCCAGCGCUGUAAGGUUUCAACUUUCCAACUUUUUUUCUCAGUCUCUGACCAGAAGACUGCCCCUCCGGGCAGAAGGAGAGGGCGAGCUCUAUCUUGUAGAUCGAAUACACUUCUGCCUCCAAAUGUCACCCAGACGUAUGUUUUCAUGACGAUUCGAGUUCUCUGAUUUUAUUCUUACAUUUCUCGUUUUAAAAAAUGCAAAGUGCUUUGGGGGACAUGCUGAAAGGUAACUGAAGACAGCAAAGAAAAAACUCCAAUUGUCAUGGCUGAAGGAGAGAAUGAAGUGAGAUGGGAUGGACUGUGCAGUAGAGAUUCAACUACUAGAGAGACAGCACUGGAAAACAUUAGGCAGAUCAUUGUGAGAAAAACCGAGUGUCUUCGUUUGGUGAAAGAGACACCUUAUCGUCCAGCAGACGGCCUUUCAAAUGCUGUUUCUUUGGAUGGGUUGAAUAAGCUUCUUGCUCAUCUGCUUAUGCUUUCUAAGAGGUGUCCCUUUAAAGAUGUAAGAGAGAAAAGUGAGUUUAUUCUGAAGAGCGUGCAGGAACUUGGAAUUAGAAUUCCUCGACCACUAGGACACGGACCAAGCAGAUUCAUCCCAGAAAAGGAGAUUCUCCAAGUGGGGAGUGAAGACGCACAGAUGCAUACUUUAUUUGCAGAUUCUUUUGCUGCUUUGGGUCGUUUGGAUAAUAUUACCUUAGUGAUGGUUUUUCACCCACAAUAUUUAGAAAGUUUCUUAAAAACUCAACACUAUCUACUGCAAAUGGAUGGGCCAUUACCCCUACAUUAUCGGCACUACAUUGGAAUAAUGGCUGCAGCAAGACAUCAGUGCUCCUACUUAGUGAAUCUCCAUGUAAACGAUUUCCUUCAUGUUGGUGGAGACCCCAAGUGGCUUAAUGGUUUAGAGAAUGCUCCUCAAAAACUACAGAAUUUAGGAGAACUUAACAAAGUGUUAGCCCAUAGACCUUGGCUUAUUACCAAAGAACAUAUUGAGGGACUUUUGAAAGCUGAAGAGCACAGCUGGUCCCUUGCAGAACUGGUACAUGCAGUAGUUCUACUUACACACUAUCAUUCUCUUGCCUCGUUCACAUUUGGCUGUGGAAUCAGUCCAGAAAUUCAUUGUGAUGGUGGCCACACAUUCAGACCUCCUUCUGUUAGUAACUACUGCAUCUGUGACAUUACAAAUGGCAAUCACAGUGUGGAUGAGAUGCAGGUCAAUUCAGCAGGAAAUGUUUCGGUAAGUGAUUCCUUCUUUGAGGUCGAAGCCCUCAUGGAAAAGAUGAAGCAGUUACAGGAAUGUCGAGAUGAAGAAGAGGCAAGUCAGGAAGAGAUGGCUUCACGUUUUGAAAUAGAAAAAAGAGAGAGCAUGUUUGUCUUCUCUUCAGAUGAUGAAGAAGUUACACCAGCAAGAGAUGUAUCUCGUCACUUUGAGGAUACUAGUUAUGGCUAUAAGGAUUUCUCUAGACAUGGAAUGCACGUCCCAACAUUUCGAGUCCAGGACUAUUGUUGGGAAGACCAUGGUUAUUCUUUGGUAAAUCGUCUUUAUCCAGAUGUAGGACAGUUGAUCGAUGAAAAAUUUCACAUUGCUUACAAUCUUACUUAUAAUACAAUGGCAAUGCACAAAGAUGUUGAUACCUCAAUGCUAAGACGGGCUAUUUGGAACUAUAUUCACUGCAUGUUUGGAAUAAGAUAUGAUGACUAUGACUAUGGUGAAAUUAACCAGCUAUUGGAUCGUAGCUUUAAAGUUUAUAUCAAAACUGUUGUUUGCACUCCUGAAAAGGUUACCAAAAGAAUGUAUGAUAGCUUCUGGAGGCAGUUCAAGCACUCUGAGAAGUUGAAGGAUCCUGCAGCAGCAAUAAAAGCUUCCUCUACUCACUGCACCAUUUCCUAGCUUGCUGUUCAGCACCAGGUGGCUCUUGAAGGUUCGAUUAUUGUUGUGACUAUUAGAAGGCACAGUCCUUACAUGUUCCAGAAGCACCUGAUGGCUCUUUGGCAUGGCCUUGGUGGUGUGAUCCUCUAACCUGAACACUGGGUCCCCCUCUACCCCGUCAUAUAACCUAGGUGCUAAGUUCCACAUACCACAGACGAACGUAAAAUAACCUAGUGUCGUUUACAUUCACAAUAACAAACUGCACACACUAAUCACCAUUUUCAGGCAAUCCUGAGAGAAGCUCACAGUAGCCUAGUGUGCCAGGGCACACCACUUAAGAACUUCAAGAUAAACACAUUGCUAAUGAGUUUAUAAGAAGCGGCCGCAGUACAUCAGGAAGUUUCAGACAACAUUCUUUUUAAGCCACUUUUCUAAAAGACUGUCAACAUCCCAACCACAUUGAGGACCAUUACUUUCUUUUUCCAGUUCCCCAUCAAGAAAAAGUUGGUUAACUUAUUACAUUGCUUUAUCAAUUACCCUACCAUUAUUUCUAAAAACAGUGCUCACACUUCAGUGUGGGACUUUUGUGAUCUAACAGCUCAUCCUGUUUUCAAAAUGGCCUGUUUUUCAGCUCUUUUUGUAGAAGAGUUGAAAUUUAAGUAUACUCUCACUCAUAUAUCAAUUUCACCUGGUGCCACCCAACUGGCCAGACGCAGCUACAACCCUGUCAGAAGUAAGGGUCUGAUGCCCACACCGUGGAGAGAAGAGCCAGCAAGCAGCCGGUCCUCCACAGUGUGAUGACCUGGCUCCCUGAUGCACUAUGUUGAUUUUUGUUCCCCAUGCCUCUGUCCCCUUCCACGGCAGGGUAGGGUAAGGGUAUACUAUGUAAUGGAACAGCAGAAAAACACAGGGGCUAGAUGUUUACUUUCAGAUGAAGAGCCCUGGCCUUGCUACAGUAUGAUCUUACACAAGUCACCUAACCCUCCUAGACCUACCUACCUCAUCUGUCACCUAGCUGAUGACCUCAGAGAGAUCUUACAAGGAUAGAAUGAACGUGCUUUUAAAAGUAUACAGCACUAUUAAAGAUACCACUCUUGUCAGUUAAUCCACAAGCAUCAAGAACCUGCUUUGCACAAGGCAAUAUCCUUCCCCCAAAGUGUCUCCACCGGAGUGGGGAAAAAGAGAUAAAAGUUACAAAACAAUAAUACAGAACAAGUUACACAGCUCAUGAUUAAUUGCUAUAUAAGUAGUAUAGAUUUCUUAUGACCGUGGGCUUGAAAAGCUCAUGGGAAGGGCCUGCAAGGGCCGGCAGCAUUGGGCCAGGUAGGUAAGGGAUACGGCACGAGCAAAGGUACAAGGUUAGGGAAGCACGCGAAGCCCAACCCGGCUGUAGGGAAGGUUGGGGGAGGGAAGAGGUAGGAACAGGCCCGUUACAGUCGAGUGUCCGCCCGGUGUGCUGCCCCUUGCCGCGCAGCCGGCCGUGCCCACAUCCCUUCAAGGUGCCACACGGCCCCACCAUUUUGUUAUAUAUCAUUGACUGCCCCAGACUUAGGUGCCAAAGCAAACCACAGACAGCCUGUGGUCGAGGCAGCUGCUGCCUGAGGCACGAAAGCCCGACACCGCAGGAGAGUGACUCACGGAACCAGUCACAUCUCCCCAGUGGGACACAGAAAGUCAUGCCAACAACAGAGGAGACAGAGUCCCACUCACGGAGCGCGGCAAGAAGAAGACUCAAGGCAGCUGAAGCCACGGCCAUGCAGGAGCCUAGAGGGAACGAGGGGGAGGAAGGGCUUUUCCUACAAGAGCUGACAGAGCACGGCUGGGUCUCAGCAGGGUGGAGCAGAUGAUGCCCGCUACUGAGGGGGCCACUGGGGGGGUCUCUGGUUCCACCUGGAACAACCUUCCUGGUCCUGAGUGCCUGUCCAGCAGGCUCUGGGCAAUGCGCUUGUUUCCCAGCUUCCUUCUUCCCCAGACAUCCUCACCUUCAACUCCUUCAUUAACCAGGGCAGAGGUUCUCAGUGCUGCCUGAAGAGCAGACUCACCUGUGGAACUUUUUAAUGGUGCAGAUAAUCAGCCUCCCACCCAGAGCUCCUGAAUCAAUUCCGGGGGAUGGGGCCAGGACAAGUGUUUUGUUGUUGUUGUUUUUGUUUUUUAAUUCCACAGCUGAUUCCAAUGUUCUGCCACAGUUGAGAACUGAAUUAAGGCAAGUUGAGCAGGCUUCUGCUCCUGGCAACCUGAGAAAGCUUCACGUCCACGGAGCAGACUGUGAGCCUCAAUGAUUUAAAGUCACGCUCAUUUUUCCUACUCUUAUGCAAAAUUUUAUUUACCUGGAAAAAAGCAAAUUUCACAUCAACCUAGCACACCCGAUUCUUUCAAAUAGCUUCAGGUUCCGAGUUCCUGUUUAAUAACAUGUCGUUACGACACAGCGUUUAUGAAGCACUUUCACAACCGUGAUUUGAGGCCUUGCUGUCUGUCAGGCUCUGGUAUCAGGUUCUUUGUACAGGUCUGCUCAUUUAUUAGCCUUACAGGUCUGCAAAGUGGACAUCAAUCAUCCCCAUCUUAGACAUGAGAAAUAUAAGCUCAGAGAGGUUAAGCCCAAGGUUAAAAGCUUGAUAAAGCGAGGCCUUAACUCAGAAUUGUCUGACUACAGCCUUCUGGUCUUCCUGGAGUGUUCUUAGGAUGCUUGUUUGAUUUUCACGACUCUCUGCAACAGGGCAGGGAUAUCACGUCCCCAUUUUACAGACGAAAAGACGGGUUCUGAGAGAUUCUCCUGUCGAGUCACCACCCCCCCCCCGCCCCGAGAGAGGCUGGAUUUGAAUCCACAGCCUCUGAGUCAAACCGAGUCUUUCCACACGGCCUUGCUGAUCCAGCACAGUGCCUAGGCAAUGGUAGGGACACCUCCGUUUUGGAAAAGAGAUUAUUUAAACACUCAAAUUCAUUUACUGACCCAAACCACUGCUGUUAGACCUAACCCAGGAUGAAAAAAUUAUCCUAAAAAUAGAAAUUUUUCAAGGUAAGACACUCUCAUCUUUCCUUUGGUUUGCAUCAGUGAUUUCCCACCGUUCAAUGUAGGGCCCCACUGUAAUGUCACAUAGUUUCACAGACCCUCCCUCACAUAAUUAACAUAGAUGCUAAUGAACACGUACGGGUUCAUGAAAAGCGUGACUUAAUUCAGAGUAGCUUUCAGCUGUAUUUCUCAAUUACGACAAUGUCUAUAUACUUUUUAAACAACAGCAAUACAUUUAUGCCUAGAUCUUCUAUUUAUGCAGUUUACAGAAAAUGCAAACAAGGGGGAAAAGCCACAGAAGAAAUCAUGACAUCAGGCAAUGAGUUAAAAGUCCUUGCAUCCCACUGUAAAUAACAUUCAGCCUCUUCCAGAGAGCUCCAAAUUAUAAUCAUCUUUAACAUGCUCUUGUUAUUUAUAGAAACAAAGCCACCCAAAUGCCUACCAAUCUUUACCCAUACAGGUCACA